CUAUAAACCAAAAAGAUCUGAACAAUAUUAGCCGGCCAAUAUAUGUUUUAUAACGUAUAUCCCUUGAAGCAUAUUCUAAAUCAUAGAUAUGAUCGGAUUAAACUAAACUAUAGACUUUUUGGUAUAUAUUAAAACUAGGGACAUACCAUACCAUUCAUCUAUCGUUGUUGAUUACAACUUACAAGAGGAACAUGACUGAUCCUAAGGUCGUUCUAGUCACUGGCUGCGCAAAGGGCGGGAUUGGAUACGAGUAUUGCAAGGCUUUUGCUGAGCAGCAUUAUUGCCAUGUUAUCGCAUCGGACAUCUCUUCCCGCGUGCCUGACAUGUUAGAACUCAAGGAGGAGUCCUCUUGCAAUGUUGAGACGAUGGAGCUCGACGUCUCCUCGGACGAGAGUGCCACGUCAGCUGUGGAUAGCAUCAUUUCCAAGCAUGGUCGUAUCGAUGUUUUACUGAACAAUGCUGGCAUUGGUAGCGUAGGUCCAUUGGCUGAACUUCCCUUGGAAGAGAUUCGAAGGGCUUGGGAGAUCAACACUCUGGGGCAGCUAAGGCUGAUCCAGAAGGUCGUCCCUUACAUGGCAAAUCAAGUUAGCGGUACCAUAGUUAAUGUUGGGAGUGUGGUCGGGAAGGUCCCGACACCAUGGGGUGGGUCGUACUGUGCUAGCAAAGCUGCUGUACAUGCAAUAUCUAACACUUUGAGGCUGGAGUUGAACCCUUUUGGGAUCAACGUGGUCCUGGUGGUUCCAGGGGCAAUCAGGUCAAAUUUUGGGAAUGCGACAGUGACGAAACUAUGCCACCAAGAGUGGAAAUUGUAUAAGGAAUUCAAGGGGGCGAUAGAAGAGAGAGGGGGAGCAUCGCAGGUCGGUAAGUCGACCGAUGCAAGUUUGUUCGCUAGGCAUGUAGUCAAGAGGGUAUUGAGCCCGAAACCCCCUAAGCAGAUUGUGUUUGGCCAUAUGACGGGUUUGUUCGCUUUGCUUUCUUGGUCUCCCCUCUGGGUGAGAGACCUCUUCUUUUCGAAUCGUUUCGGCUUGAACAAGAAAGUACGAUAAGUAUAUGUUAAACUCUUCUGAUCUUCUCUAGCUCUGAUCCGUUUAAUUAGCAUGAUCUUUUUGUUCUUCAGUCGAAGUCAUCUCCCUCGCUUGCAUGACUGAGCAAAAAAGAAGCAUCGGUGACCAGCACUAUCGAUCAUUGAAUUAAGCUUUGAUCACGUGAUAUAUGAGUCCGGGUAUGCACAGUGCACAAGCAUUCAUGUACGUACAAGUCGGUGUCAACUCUCACACAAAAGCAACACACAUACGACUAUGAUAAAGCUUGUGCGGCAUGCGAUCGAGCAUAUCCAUAUAUGUUCGCGGGCGUAGCAUUGGGAUCCUAGAACAAGUCAAAUUAACAAACAAGCAAAAAGAGAACUGCUUGUAGGGAUCUUUAAGGAGGAGGGAGACGAGAUGAUGUGGAGAAUUGAUGUAUGAGAAGGAAAAAGAGAGCCAUUUGCACACAUUUUCCCUAUCCACAGCCAAUCAUAAAGCCAUGUCGUGAAAACAAAAGAAAGCACAGCUUUGCCGAGGCAG